CCACUCAACAAAGCCCUUUUGGACUCGCAAACACUUGGUUCUCUCUGUAAUAGGCUACUAAACAAGGGUUUUGUCAGGCGCCAUGGAGGUCUCGUCUUCCCAACCGUCCGAUUCGAAUCGCACGGUUCAUGGCGCUUCCUCUCUCCUUGCCAACCUUCCCUCUCGCGGUCUUCUCUCCUCCACCGUCCUCUCCUCGAAUCCGGGCGGGAUGCGAGUUUAUAUCUGUGAGCACGACACAUCACCCCCAGAGGGGCAAAAUAUCAAGACAAACCAGCAGAAUAUACUGAUUAGAUCGCUUACUCUUAAGAAACACAAGGGCGAUUCCAGUUCAAGGGAUGCAAAGGGUGCAGCUGCAACUGAUGGUCCUAGAAAGAGGGCUGCUGAUAGAGUUGUAGACGGUAGAGCUGCAUCUAAGAAAGCCAAUAGUCAAACCGGUUCUCGACAAGAGGGGUCCAAUAGCCGUGCACCUGAGAAAGACUUCCAUAGUUUGACAGUGGAGAGGCUUCGUGCCAUUCUAAAGGAACGAGGCCUUUCAACCAAAGGGAGGAAGGAUGAGUUGGUUGCUCGACUGCGAGAUGCAGCUAAUUAAGCCCCGUUCAGAAGGCGGGGAUAAAAUCUGUUGUUCCUGGGAUGUAAAAUGGUCAAUGAAAUGUAGGUGAUUUUGUGGUGGAAAAUGGUCAAUGAAAUGUACUGUAGAUGUAAUGUUUUGUGAAACAUUUUUGGAUGCCUUCUGGUAUGGUUAAUAUACUUUUUAAGGUAUUUGUUUUUCAUGUGUGUAUAUAUUCUUUUUCUUCUAGUACUUGCAUAUGAUCAUAUAACUGGUUGUCCGAAGAUAUUGAGAGGGAAGAUUUGAAUAAAUAUUGAGACCUUAUGUGGUAGCCA